AGCUUCCCUUCCUCUUCUCCUUUACGACCUACUCAUGGCUGAGCAGGCAAAAGUGCAGCUCAACGCGGAACUCUUUAACUCACGACUCAAGCAUCUAAUUGAGUCCUGGACAAGGGCCGGAAAGAACGAUGACUAUAGCUCGAUAGCUGACGUGGAUGGCAUCUUUGUUGCUGCUGGUGACCCUGCCGGAGAGGAUGAGCCUGUGAAAAAGGGGGCGGCGUUCCAGACAUGGCUCUUAGGGUAUGAAUUCCCAGCCACUUUCUUGCUUUUCUCUAAGGAAAAGCUCUCGAUCCUGUGCUCGGCGUCGAAAGCACGCAUCCUCGACCAGCUCACGAAGCAUAAAACGUUCAUUCCCGUGGAGAUCUUUGCUCAGGCCAAAGCAAAGGAGCCCACGAAUGAUGCUAUGCCCAGAUUUUUGGCCGAAUACACAUCACAUUCUCGUGUCGGGACCAUCAUCAAGGAGACGCCGACUGGAAAGCUCGUGGAUGAGUGGAAUAAGGCCCUUAACGCGUCGGCAAAGAAGCCGGAGGUGAACGACGCCACACCUUCGGUCUCCUCAGUGAUGGCGGUCAAGGACGAAGAAGAAUUGAAAGCGACGCGGAUAGCUGCGAGCCUCACAUCCACCUUACUUACGCAUCACAUUGCCCUCAAACUCGAGCAAAUCUUGGACCGUGAGACCAAGAUUACGCACGAACAGUUCGCUUCGCAGAUCGAGGCUCGGUUAGGGUAUGGCGAAGGAGACAACGCGAAGGGGCCGGAUAUGAAGGUGUGGAGCAAGGGACGUGGACUAAACGAGGUGGACUGGCAAUCCACAGAAUUCUGUUAUUCCCCAAUCAUUCAAUCACGAGCUACAAAAUCGGGCUACGACCUGAAAACCACAGCAGAAUCCUCGGAAGACAACAUGUCGCACAAAGGCGUCUUUUUGGUGUCCGUUGGAAUGCGUCACAAAGCCUACUGUGCAAAUGUUGGUCGGACACUUAUCGUCGAUCCCGAUAAGGAACAAGAAUCUAUCUACCAUCUAUUGCUGAAUCUUCAAACGGACCUGCUUUCGAAGAUGAAGGACGGGGCAGUCAUUCGGGACAUCUACCAUCACGCUCUUUCCUACAUCAAGAAGCAGAAACCUGAGCUCGAGAAGCACUUCGUCAAGAAUCUUGGUUUUGGCAUGGGUAUCGAGUUCCGCGACUCGGCCUAUCUUUUGAGCCCUAAAAACGGUCGUCAGCUCAAGACGAACAUGAUCUUCAACCUCUCUCUUGGGUUCUCUGACCUUGAAGACCACGAGAAGAAGAAGUAUGCUCUGCAGCUGAACGAUACCAUCAAGAUCGGACAGGACAAGUCCAUCUGUUUGACCGAAGGCGUCAAAGCCGCAAAAGACACUCUUUUCUUCCUCAGCGAGCCUGACGAGCCUAAGCCCGCCAAAAAAGCGCCAGCCAAACCUGUCACCAAUGGCAGUUCGCCCAUGAAGAACAAGACCGCCGGAGGAAAAGUGUUGAGAAAUAAGACGCGUAGCGCUGCCCAACAGGAGGUAUUGCAAACGGCCGCAGCGAGGAUCCACGAGCAUCAGAGGGAGCUUCACGAGCAGCUGCAAACGAAUGGACUCGCGAAGUACUCAGAGGAGGGAGAUGGGACAAGCGGGAAGGAGGGCAAGUCGUGGAAGAGAUUCCAGAGUUACAAGGGCGAGGCUGCGUUACCGAAGGAGACAGAGAGUCUACGGAUAUUUGUCGACCGCAAGGCGCAGACCGUCAUCUUGCCCAUUCAUGGAUUCGCCGUUCCGUUUCACAUCAACACGAUCAAGAACGUCAGCAAGAACGAGGAGGGCGAGUUCACGUUCAUUCGUGUCAACUUCCAAACUCCCGGUCAACUCGCCGGGAAGAAGGAAGAUACGCCUUUUGAGGACCCAGACGCCACCUUUAUCCGCUCGAUCACGUACAAGUCGAGCGAUGGUCAUCGGUUCGACAGCGUUACGAAGCAGAUAACGGACUUGAAAAAGGAGAUGAACAAGCGGGAACAACAGAAGAAGGAGCUUGCGGAUGUCAUCGAACAAGACACGCUGAUCGAGGUGAAGGGCCGGAGGCCACAUAAGCUGCCAGAAGUAUUCGUACGGCCGGCCUUGGACGGAAAACGGUUGCCUGGUGAGGUUGAGAUUCACCAGAACGGUUUGCGCUAUCAAUCGCCCAUGGGGACACAGAAGAUCGAUAUUCUUUUCAGCAAUAUAAAGCAUCUAUUCUUCCAGCCGUGCGACCAUGAGCUGCUUGUCAUUCUCCAUAUUCAUCUGAAAUCGCCUAUCAUGAUUGGAAAGAAGAAAGCUCACGAUGUCCAAUUCUUCCGCGAAGCCUCCGAUGUCCAGUUCGAUGAGACGGGGAACCGGAAACGCAAAUACAGAUAUGGUGACGAGGACGAAAUUGAGAUGGAGCAGCAGGAGCGCAAACGCAGACAGAUGAUGAACAAGGAGUUCAAAGCCUUCUCUGAGAAAAUCGCCGAAGCGUCCACGUCAUCGACUGGCGACACACUCGAACCUGACAUCCCCUUCCGGGAGUUAUCGUUCGAGGGUGUACCCUUCCGCACCAACGUCCGCCUUCAACCCACGACAGAAUGCUUAGUUCACCUUUCGGAUCCUCCUUUCCUUGUCGUCACGUUAUCCGAUAUCGAGAUUGCGUCACUCGAACGUGUCCAAUUCGGUCUGAAGCAAUUUGAUGUUGUGUUCGUCUUCAAGGACUUCACCAAGCCACCGCUGCAUAUCAACUCGAUUCCGAGCUCGCAGCUGGACGAUGUCAAGAACUGGCUGGAUUCAGUGGAUAUUCCGAUGGCGGAGGGCCCCGUUAACUUGAACUGGGGACCUAUUAUGAAAACUAUCAACGACAGUCCUUACGAUUUCUUCCAAACUGGUGGCUGGCACAUUCUUCGGGGAACUGGUGCAGCCGAUAGCGACGAAGAGGAUGAUUCCGAUGAAGAGUCGGUCUUCGAGGCUGGGGAUGUCGAGUCCGAAAGUGAGGAGAGCUCGGACGCAGGGAGCGACUUUGACGACUCGGAUGCCAGUGAGGACGCCAGUGGAUCUGACUUCGACGACGACGAUGAGAGCGAGGGUGAUGAUUGGGACACGCUAGAGAAGAAAGCCGCGAAGUCGGACAAGAAGCGCACCGAGGCUGGUAUCGGUCACGACUCUGACGAUUCAGACGACCGGCCGAAGAAGAAGGCUCCUGCCAAAGGUAAAUCCAAGGCAAACGGCAAGGCGGCUAACGGCAAGGGUAGGCGUUGAACGUUGAGCCUUGCUUUCGUCGUGCAUGGUGUCUGCACUCCUCGUAUCUGUGCGGUUGAGUGCGUGUAUAGUUCUUCCGUUUGUCUAUCUGCGUCCUGCGGCGUCCUGUUCUUGUAUCUCUCUCAGUUGAAGUGCAGUAUCUUCCUUGAAUUUCCGCGUGUAGUAAUGUCGUCGUUGUCGUCAUCGGUUCUUAAGUUCGAGUGUCUGAAUCUGAUCUCAUUCUGCGCAUGGCUACAUCAUCCCCCAUCCUCGGAUGGUUCAUUCAUCAAAUCCACGAUGAUGGGUUGUCCUCCCCAGGCUAUCGCGGC